CUCCCCAGAGUCGGGCAGACGGCGGCAGCGGCGGCAGCGGGAGCGGCGGUGUCUCCACACCUUCCCUCCUUCCCCUCCCUUCCCUACCGGGCCUGGCCUCCCAGCCCGACGAGUGAGAGCGAGCCAGGUGAGCGGGAGCCAGAUAUGGCCCUAACAGUGGAUGUGGUGGGGCCAGGGCCCUGGGGCUUCCGGAUCACCGGGGGCAGGGAUUUCCACACACCUAUCAUGGUGACCAAGGUAACUGAGAGGAGCAAGGCUGAGGCUGCUGACCUCCGGCCUGGAGACAUUAUUGUGGCCAUCAACGGGGAGAGUGCUGAGGGUAUGCUUCAUGCUGAGGCCCAGAGCAAGAUCCGCCAGAGCCCCUCACCCCUGAGGCUGCAGCUAGACCGGUCUCGGGCUGCUUCCCCCCAGGAGACCAAUGGGGAAAGCUCUGUGGAAGGGCUGGCGACUCGCUUCCAGGGCUCCGUGAGGACGCACACUGACAGCCAGUCCUCCCUGAGGUCUUCCUGCUCCAGCCCAGUCUUUUCCAGCCCCCAGCCCGGCAGCCCGUUCUCUGCCCUGCCCCCCACCAGCCCGCAGGCCCUCCCUGGAGAGACUGUUGUCAGCCGCAGUUUCCAGAGCCUGGCACAUUCCCCGGGAUUGGCUGCUGCUGACCGCUUUUCCUACGGGGGCCACCCCAGAAGUCGACCGGCCAGCCUCACCCGCGCCGCGGCUGGUGACUCGGCUGUGCUGGUGCUGCCGCCUUCCCCGGGUCCCCACUCCUCCAGUCCCAGACUCAGUGUGGACUCAGAGGGGGGAAGCCGCCUUCUGGAGGAGGAUUCAGAAGUCUACAAGAUGCUGCAGGAAAAUCGUGAGGGGCGGGUGGCCCCCCGACAGUCCAGCUCCUUUCGGCUCUUGCAGGAGGCUCUGGAGGCUGAAGAGAGAGGUGGCACACCUGCCUUCCUGCCCAGCUCGCUGAGCCCCCAGUCCUCCCUGCCCACCUCCAGGGCCCUGGCCACCCCGCCCAAGCUCCACACGUGUGAGAAGUGCAGCACCAACAUUGUGAACCAGGCUGUACGCAUCCAGGAGGGGCGGUACCGCCACCCAGGCUGCUACACCUGUGCGGACUGUGGGCUGAACCUGAAGAUGCGUGGGCACUUUUGGGUCGGAGACGAGCUGUACUGCGAGAAGCAUGCCCGUCAGCGCUACUCCUCGCCCCCCGCCCUCAGCUCCCACGCCUGAGUACCCGGCUAGGUUCUCAACCUGCUCUAGACCGCAUAGGCACCUGUGCACCAAUAGCAAGUUGGCAUGGAAGGGUGGUGGUUGGUGGUGGGGCCCCUGCCUCCAGGCUGGGUGAGGCUAGAGCCUAGGACCUGUGAUGGGCUGUGGAUGAGGACAGCCUCACCAUCCCAGGCCUCUGCUAGAUACUCACUUCCUCCUGUAGAACAGGCUGUACACCAAAGUGUGAGGUGGGCACUGCAUUGGAUAUCUUUGUGCAACAGGGAUUAAGCAGGUUGGGAUACAGAGAUAAAUAUGUAGAAAGAGAGGGAUAGGUCAGAGGUUAAAGGUAUUCACUCUGUAAAGUUUUCAGCAUAUGAACCCUAUAAAUAUACAUAUAUGGAUGAAACAAAGUA